GCUAUUGGGGUUCGAUCCAACCAUUACUUGUUUUAAACAUCAUGUUGAAGACAAAAUUGUUUAUGAUAGUUUUACUAGUAUUCAUCUUAUUUUAUGUCCAAUUUUGUACUUCCAAUGAUACAAUUUCCUUUAACAAAUCUCUAAAAGAUGGAGAUUUGUUAGUUUCUUCUGGAAAAUUAUUUGCUCUUGGUUUCUUCAGCCCUGGAAAUUAUUCCAACAAUCGAUACGUCGGAAUUUGGUACUAUAACAUCCCUGAACUAACUGUCGUUUGGGUCGCUAAUAGAGAGAACCCUGUAAAUGGCACGUACGGGGUUCUCUCUAUCGACCCAACAGGUAGUCUUGUAAUACUAAAUCGAAAUACCAAAAUAUUCGCCUGGAAAACCAAUAUUUCCUCUGCUCAGCUAUUGGAUUCAGGGAAUUUCGUGUUUUUUCGUGACAUGAAAAAGGAAGUUAUUGUAUGGCAAAGCUUUGAUCAUCCUACAAAUACUAUACUUCCUGAUAUGAAAUUUGGUAUUGACAAGAAAACCGGUUUGAACCGGUCUCUAACGUCGUGGAAAUCGAUGAAUGAUCCUGGUUCAGGGGAGUAUGUAUACAAGAUUGAGAUAAAUGGAAUAGUACCUCAAGUUUUCCUGUAUAAAAAUUCUAACAGGAUAUGGCGAACCGGACCCUGGACCGGUCUAGGUUGGAGUGGUGUACCUGGAAUGAGGCCUGGAUUUAUAUUUAACAGCAAAUAUGUUGACAAUGAAAGUGAAGUCUCUGUGCUAUUCACUAUGAAGGAUCCUGUUAUCUCGAGAUUAGUACUGAACGAAUCGGGGGUGAUGAGUAUAUUGAACUGGCAAGAAGGCGCGAAGAAAUGGGUACAAUUUUGGUCCGCGCCUGAGGACUCGUGUGAUGACUAUGUACAUUGUGGAAAAUUUAGUAAUUGCAACUUGUACAACUUGGGUGAAUUUGAAUGCAAGUGUCUUAUUGGGUACGAGCCAUGGGAAAACCGGUCAUGGUACUUGAGAGACGGUUCACAAGGGUGUUUGAGGAAGGAGGACGAGAACGUGUGCAGAAAUGGCGAGGGGUUUGCUAAAUUGAGUAAUGUGAAGGUCCCAGACACUUACAACGCGCGAUUGAAUAGGAGUAUCGGGUUGCAGGAAUGUGAGAAAUUGUGUUUGAAUAAUUGUUCUUGCUCUGCUUAUGCAAGUGCUAAUGUUAGUAUUGGGGGAAUUGGAUGCAUCACUUGGUAUGGUGAGUUGAUAGACACAAGAGAAUUUACAGAUGGAGGACAAGAUUUGUAUAUCAGAGUAUCUGCAUCUACUUUGGCUCAAUUCUCGAAGAACAACAAUGGUUAUCACAUGAAAAGAACCAUAGCAAUUGUGACAAUCUGCAUUGGUGCAAUACUCAUCGCGCUCUCGUUUGCUUGUUGUUUGGUAAUAAGGAAAAGGAGAAGAGAUAAGGAGGACCAAUUCACCAGUUUGAACACUUUGACAAGGAAUUUAGCAUCCUAUGAGAACUCUUCAAGAGGUAAUGAGAUGGAUGGAAGUGAACACGUCGAUGUGUUAAUCUUCGAUCUAAGCACUAUCAUUUCUUCCACUGAUGAUUUCUCUGAUGCUAACAAACUCGGAGAAGGAGGCUUUGGUAGCGUUUACAAGGGCCAGCUAAACAAUGGGCAAGAGAUAGCGGUCAAAAGACUUUCGAAAAAUUCAGGGCAAGGAGUGGAGGAAUUCAAGAAUGAAGUAACGUUAAUCGCGAGAGUACAACACAGGAAUCUUGUGAGGCUUUUAGGAUGUUGCAUACAAAGAGGAGAGAAAAUGUUGAUCUAUGAAUACUUGCCAAACAAAGGCUUGGACAGUUUCAUCUUUGAUAAAACUAAAGGGUCGCAGUUAGAUUGGAGAAAACGAUUUGAAAUCAUCGUUGGAAUAGCACGAGGAUUAUCAUACCUUCACCACGACUCACGAGUAAGAAUCAUACACAGGGAUCUAAAAGCCAGCAAUGUUUUACUAGAUGCCUCAAUGCACCCGAAAAUAUCAGAUUUCGGAACUGCUAGGAUAUUUGGUGGUGACCAAAUUGAAGCUAACACGAAUCGAGUCGUUGGAACAUAUGGUUAUAUGUCACCAGAAUAUGCAAUGGAAGGGCAUUUUUCAGUGAAAUCUGAUGUUUUCAGUUUUGGUGUUCUGUUGUUGGAGAUCAUUACUGGCAGGAAGAACACUACACAUUAUCAGGAUCAUUCAUUAAAUUUAGUUGGAAAUGUAUGGGAUUCAUGGAAUGAUGACAAAGCUAUAGAUGUUGUUGAUCCCUCAUUAGGGGAUUGGUAUGAAAGUAGUGAAGUUUUGAGAUGCAUCCAAAUUGGACUAUUAUGUGUACAAUCAUAUGCAAAUGAAAGACCAAUGAUGUCUCAAGUUGUCUUCAUGCUUUGCAAUGAAACAAAAUUGUCUAAUCCUGGACAACCUGGUUUUGUGUUCAGAUCAAGAAAUUCUUCUUCACUUCCUUAUUCAUCAUCAGCUAGUAUUGGAAAUUCUGUAAAUGACAUUUCUAUUACUGCACAACAUGCUCGCUAAGUGUGUGUCAGAUCCUUCAAAAGUAGUACCAUAUAUUUUUGUGGAUCUGACAUGGGUUCAUCAACAUUUUUGAAGAGCACUGAGCCAUAUGGUCAUUAGGUAAUUUAUACUUGAUCUAUUUAUUGAUUUAGUUUAAGAUUUUUUACAUUUAUCAAUGAUGUAUUUUAACGUGUUAUAA